AGGCCUUAUGAGGACGAAGACUUCCAGGCAGUCCGAGUAUAGGCUGGUGGCCUCAUCAAGAUGACGCGAAUCUUGCGCAGUUGCCUCAUUUUCUUCACCUUCACGCAAGUGGCCAUCCUCGACCACUCCUGUCAAGAUUGGCAAUCACAAACGAACACCGAAGACUAUGACGUCUGCGAGACUGAAGUAUGCAUAAAGAAAGCUAACGAAAUAAAAAAGGCCUUGAGCAAAACGGUGAGACCAUGUGACGACUUUUACAAGUACGUCUGCAGUAGGUGGGAGAAGACGAACAAAAUUCCGAGUGACAGAGUUACGUAUGGGGCAUUCAAACAAGUGGAAGAAAAGCUCUUCAAGGACUUGAGAGAGAUACUCGGCGAGAUACCUGUUCGCGAAGGCUGCACGCAGACCGUCACCGAAAAACUUGGCAUCGCGUACAGCACUUGCGUUGCCAAUGAAAACCCUCACAAGCGAAGUCUGAAGGAACUCAAAGCAAUAUUGGCAGAAAAUGGUUUCGGGGAGUGGCCCCUUGUUGGUAAAAAGAAGCAGCGAUUUGGCGACUACAGAGCGGUGCUGAUCGAAACUGGCAUGGCCCCGCUCUUCUCAGUGUACGUGACAAGAGAUAUGAAGGAACUUUCACGCAACAUCAUUGAGUUCGACCAAUUCAGCUUCUCCCUAAUUGGACGAAACGAGCUCAUAAAACCGAAAGAAAAGAAAAACAAAAGAAGCGUGCAAGCCUACAAGGCUUUGAUCCGAACUGCUCUGAGUGUCAUCAAGCCUAACCUGAAGCCUGCUAUUGUCAGCGUCCUUACCGAAGAAAUAUUCUCCUUUGAAAGUCAGAUAGCCAAGAGGACCAUGUCUAAGGAGGACAGAAGGAACACUCUUCGGCUCUACAAGAGGACAACGCUGCGAGACCUCCAGAGAAAGUUUGAAGGACUGCCACUUCUUGACGCCCUGAACAAGGAGUUCUCGUUGGUGAACAUUACGCUGACUGAGGACGAACCAGUAGCCAUUAUGGCCGAGCGCUACUUUGCCUCCACAACAAAGUUUUUGAAGAGAGUAAGCCCGCGGGUUUUGUACAACUACAUGGGUUGGCGAGCGGUGCUGACGCGAGCGAGCUACGCUUCCAAACGCUUCCGCGAAGCCAAGCUUAACUUCAACAAGGUCUCCAAAGGACUGAUGAAGGAGCCUCCGCUCUGGAAGACAUGCGUUAGGCUGGUUGCAUCCGCCAUGAAGGAAGUCGUCGGUCGUCUAUACGUCAUGAAGAAGUUCAGCGCACGUGCCAAAAAAGACGUGGAAAAACUUGUAAAGAGUAUGAAGCGCACGUUUCAAGAAAGAUUACAAAAAAUAAAGUGGAUGGAUGCAGUAACCAAACAAAGAGCGCAACAAAAGUUGAAGAAUAUGACGCCCAAUAUCGGAUACCCAGAGUGGAUGCUGGACACUGACUUUCUGGAACAUCUGUACAGACACCUCGACGAACUCAGACAUGAUGAACCGUUUGUGAGAAUCCAGGAGGAUAUCUCUGACAACAACUACAAGAACGGACUUCUCGAGCUACGGGAGCCUUUCAACAAGACGUUGACGUGGUCUUCGGGUCCUGCAAUCGUUAACGCUUUUUACAGUGCUGACAGAAACGAAAUGCUUUUCCCGUCAGCGAUACUACAAGGUGCGUUCUACAAGCAUGGUUUGCCAGACUCAAUCAAUCUUGGAGGCAUCGGCGCGGUCAUUGGUCACGAAAUGACCCAUGGAUACGAUGAUCGCGGAAGCCAAUACGACGGGAAUGGACGAUUGCGACAGUGGUGGAGCAAACGGACGCGAAAACUAUUCAAGAACAAAGCAAACUGCUUCGUCAAGCAAUAUGGUGACAUAUUUGACCACAAGGCCGGGAUGAAGCUGAAUGGCGAGAAUACCGUGGGCGAGAAUAUCGCCGACAACGGCGGCAUCAGGAUUGCAUUCAAGACUUAUGAAUACCUUUUGAAGACAAGUGAAACUCGUGAUGUGCGACUUCCUGGCUUAGAACAUCUCUCGGGCAAGCAUUUAUUCUUCAUCGCCAACGGAAUGGUUUGGUGUUCGAAAUCUCGCAAGGAAGCCCUGAGGCAACAAAUUCAGUACGACAGUCACAGCCCGAAGCAAUACAGAGUCAACGUGCCCAUGCAAAACUUCUACGCCUUUUCAAGUGUGUUUAAGUGCAACAGAUCAUCGCCAAUGUAUUAUAAAAAGAAGUGUGUUCUCUGGUAAAAAGGCUGCGUGUGCCACGUUCGACAACGAAUAAUAUUUCAACUGAUUCCGAACUAGUCACAAUAAUCAUUGCAAUAAACGCGUAGCAUCAUAAAAUAAUGUUAUU